ACUGACUGGGAACUUGAGUGGCGCCGCGACUUGCCAGUUUCACUCCAGGAACUUUUCUUUGCAGGAGGAGGAGAGAAGGGGUGCAAUCGCUCCCCGCUUUUUGCGCUCUUUCUCCCCCCCUCCUCCUCUCCAAUUCGCCUUCCCCCACUUGGAGCGGGCAGCUGCGGGCUGGCCCCCGCGCGCCUUCCUAAAAGCUCGCCGCUGCGGCCGAGUGACGCGCCAGGCUCCCCGGGAGCCGCUCGCCCCGCGUCCGGGCAGCCGAGGGGAGAGUAGCCCGCGCCUCGAGCCCACGAGCCGCCGCGGCUUCUCGCCUUUCCCGGCCACCCGCCCCCUGCCCCGGGCCUGCGUAUGAAUCUCCUGGACCCCUUCAUGAAGAUGACCGACGAGCAGGAGAAGGGCCUGUCCGGCGCCCCCAGCCCCUCCAUGUCCGAGGACUCGGCGGGCUCGCCCUGCCCUUCGGGCUCCGGCUCCGACACCGAGAACACGCGGCCCCAGGAGAACACGUUCCCCAAGGGCGAGCCGGACCUGAAGAAGGAGAGCGAGGAGGACAAGUUCCCCGUGUGCAUCCGCGAGGCCGUCAGCCAGGUGCUCAAGGGCUACGACUGGACGCUGGUACCCAUGCCGGUGCGCGUCAACGGCUCGAGCAAGAACAAGCCGCACGUCAAGCGGCCCAUGAACGCCUUCAUGGUUUGGGCGCAGGCGGCGCGCAGGAAGCUCGCCGACCAGUACCCACACCUGCACAACGCCGAGCUCAGCAAGACGCUGGGCAAGCUCUGGAGACUGCUGAAUGAGAGCGAGAAGCGGCCCUUCGUGGAGGAGGCGGAGCGGCUGCGCGUGCAGCACAAGAAGGACCAUCCGGAUUACAAGUACCAGCCGCGGCGGAGGAAGUCGGUGAAGAACGGCCAGGCGGAGGCCGAGGAGGCCACGGAGCAGACGCACAUCUCCCCCAACGCCAUCUUCAAGGCGCUGCAGGCCGACUCGCCGCACUCCUCCUCCGGCAUGAGCGAGGUCCACUCCCCCGGCGAGCACUCCGGGCAAUCGCAGGGUCCACCGACGCCACCCACCACCCCCAAAACCGACGUGCAGCCGGGCAAGGCUGACCUGAAGCGAGAGGGGCGCCCGCUGCCAGAGGGGGGCAGACAGCCCCCCAUCGACUUCCGCGACGUGGACAUCGGCGAGCUGAGCAGCGACGUCAUCUCCAACAUCGAGACCUUCGACGUGAACGAGUUCGACCAGUACCUGCCGCCCAAUGGCCACCCUGGGGUGCCGGCCACGCACGGCCAGGUCACCUACACGGGCAGCUACGGCAUCAGCAGCACGGCGGCCACCCCGGCGGGCGCUGGCCACGUGUGGAUGUCCAAGCAGCAGGCGCCGCCGCCGCCCCCGCAGGCGCCGCCGCCGGCCCCGCCGGCGCCCCCGCAGCCGCCCGCGCAGGCGCCCCCCCAGCCGCCCGCGCAGGCGCCCCCGCAGCCGCCCGCGCAGGCGCACACGCUGAGCACGCUGAGCAGCGAGCCGGGCCAGGCGCAGCGAACGCACAUCAAGACGGAGCAGCUGAGCCCCAGCCACUACAGCGAGCAGCAGCACUCGCCUCAGCAGAUGGCCUACAGCCCCUUCAGCCUCCCGCACUACAGCCCGUCCUACCCGCCCGUCACCCGCUCGCAGUACGACUACGCUGACCACCAGAACUCCGGCUCCUACUACAGCCAUGCGGCGGGCCAGGGCUCCGGCCUCUACUCCACCUUCACCUACAUGAACCCGGCGCAGCGGCCCAUGUACACCCCCAUCGCCGACACCUCCGGGGUCCCCUCCAUCCCGCAGACCCACAGCCCCCAGCACUGGGAACAGCCCGUCUACACGCAGCUCACCAGACCUUGAGGAGCGCUUAGACAGAGAGCGACGAUGGCCGUGAUGAUCAUAAAAGGAACCCAAGAAAUAACGCAACCAACCAGAAUUUCCUUUGGACAUUUUGUUUUUUCUUUCUUAUUUUUAAAGACAUGUACGCUGAAGGCAACUCGAACUCAGAUUCCAAGACAGAAACAUUGACUAUCCAAACGCGUUACCACCUUGUUGCGAAUCAGUGGCCAGGCCACUCUUGGCUAGAUGGACCCGCGGAACCGACGGGAAACUGGACUGCAAACCUUCAAAGCAAGCGUGGAGGAUGAUGGAGAUGCGUGUGACCAGUUUGCUCAGUCUCUCUGCCUGUUUGGACUUUGUAAUUAUUUUUUAGCAGUAAUUAAAGAAAAAAGUCCUCUGUGA